AUGUUCAAUGCUUUUGAAAAAGACUGGGAAAAGGUCCACGUUGAAGCAAAACGAAAUUUUGAUGGCGACAAAUGGCUUGAGUUUCUCGAGGAAAGAUAUAGUUUUAUAUUGGAUUACAUCGAAAACAUUCUCCCUCCAAUUCUCGACUUGCUCAAUUCACCGCCAGAAGAAGUGAAGAUGUGCUGUCAACUGUAUCCACAAAUUUACAAUGAGUAUGAUCCGGUCAAAGUUGAAUCAAUCGGUGACUACCAUCGAAUUCAUAUGCCCGACGUGGUGUCUAGAAUCUAUACAAUCCCGCUCGUGAUAAUUGCCCAUGAGAAAAUCAAGUCAAUAUGGCUCUCAAUUGAGGACAGCUGUGCCUAUACGUCGCCAGAAAAAAGAAAAAAUGAAAGUCGAAAGCAAAAGAUAAUGACACUGUGGCACAGAAAAACUGCUCGGGAAAUGGAGGCACGGCCUGACGAGGAGCCGUCGCCAAUUGCCAAGAAACUACAAGAGAUAUUUGCAAUUUACAACGAACGAUACUCGCUAACAGCCGAUUGGGCUUCAAAUUUAAACGAAUUUCUCAGCUUACUUGGCCAGGCAAAAAGAAAAACGGGGAAAAGUGUUUCCGAGUGCUCUGCUAUUAUGGAAGAACGAUGUGAUAUUUUGAUGGAUUAUGUGAAAAAUGUGCUUCCCCAGGAAUUGGUCAAGAGAAACUUGAAAUCACAGAAUUUCAAGCAAUUUGUUUGGUUUUCUGAUGAUGGAAAGUUUGCUUACACGUCUCCAGAAAGAAAUGCGAGUGACGAAGAGAAAAAGAGAGUUCGAGAAUUU